AUGCCAGACAGGGGAGGGACUCGAACCUGCGUGUCCGUAGGCUUUCGGCCCCACCCGGAGUCCGGCGGUCAUGUGGCGCGGUCACGUGGCCUGACCCGGAACCGCGGUAUUGGGCUCCCGGCAAGCUGCGAGGUAUUUGGGCACGAUCCGAGCCUCCAGCUUCAGUGGCCAAGAGGCAGAGCUGAAGCCCAAGGUCGAGGACUCCCUGCCCUGGAGGACAGGCUCAGCACCCUGCUUGCCCCAGUCAUCAUCUCCUCGAUGACAAUGCUGGAGAAGCUCUCAGACACGUAUACCUGCUUCUCAACAGCAAGUGACAACUACCUGUAUGUCCUUCACCUGUUUGAAGAAUGCCUGUUCAUUGCCAUCAAUGGAGAUCACACGGAGAAUGAGGGGGACCUGCGGCGGAAGCUACAUGUGCUCAAGUACCUGGUCGAGGUGCACUUUGGACUGGUUACCGUGGACAGCCAGCUCAUCCGAAAGGAGCUGCGGCCUCCAGACCUGGAGAGGCGCAACCAGGUGUGGGCGCACUUCCAGAGCCUGUUGUCGACCUACAGCCGCCUGCGGGAACAGGAGCAGUGCUUCGCCGUGGAGGCCGUGGAGCGGCUGACCCACCCCCAGCUCUGUGAGUUGUGCGUAGAGGCACUGGAGCGGCAUGUCGUCCAGGCUGUCAACUCCAGCCCCAGGCGGCCUGGUGAGGAGGCCCUGCACGCCUUCUUGCUUGUGCACUCCAAGCUGUUGGCCUUCUACUCCAGCCCGAGCGCAGGCUCCCUGCGCCCUGCAGACCUCCUGACCCUCAUCCUCCUGGUGCAGAACCUCUACCCCAGCAACAGUGUGGCACAGGCCGAUGAUGCACAGCCUCCCCCAGCGCGGCCCCGGAGCAGCCAGAACAUCCCGGUGCAGCAGCCCUGGAGCCCUGGCUCCACACACCAGGCCAGGAGGAGCUCUACAGAGACGGAGACAGACAGCUUCCCUGAAGAGUACUUCACACCAGCUCCUUCCCCUGGCGAGCAGAGCUCAGGUAGCACCAUCUGGCUGGAGGGGGGCACUCCACCCAGUGAUGCCGUCCAGAUCCAGGUGGGCGAAGACACUCUGCAGACGCUGCUUCCUCCCUCCCCGGCAGCAUCCAGGUCUCUAAGGAUCUUCCUGGAUACCACCAUAAAAGACAGCUACUGCCGCAUGGUGCCCCACACCCUGUAUUGCCUGCCCCUGUGGCCGGGCAUCAACAUGGUGCUCCUGACCAAGAGCACCAGCAACGGCCUGGCCCUGGCCCUGGCCCAGCUGCUGGAUGGGUUUACCCAGCUGGAGAAGAAGAUAAAGGAGGGUCAGGAGGCCAGGGGUACAGAGCUGCGCCAGAGGAUGGACAAGUUUGUCAAGAAUCUAGGGGGCCAGGAGAUUCAGAGCACCUGGCUGGAGUUUAAGACCAAGGCCUUCUCCAGAAGUGAGCCAGGAUCGUGCAGGGAGCUGCUCCAGGCUUACAGGAAGUUGAAGCAGCAGCUCUGUGCCAUCUACCGCUUCAGCUUCCUGAGCACAGUGCCGGGCCAGGGCGGUCCCCAUCUGCCCCAGCCCCUGCAGGACCAAGCCCAGAAGCUCAUGCAAGAAAAGCUAGCCGACUGGAAGGACUUUCUGUUGGUGAAGAGCCAGCGGAACAUCACCAUGGUGUCCUACCUAGAAGACUUCCCAGGCUUGGUGCAUUUCAUUUACGUGGAUCGCACAACUGGGCACAUGGUGGCUCCUUCCCUCAGCAUCAGUGAGAAGACUUCUUCGGAGCUGGGCAAGGGACCACUGGCUGCUUUCAUCAAAACCAAGGUCUGGUCUCUGAUCCGGCUGGCACGCAGAUACCUCCAGAAGGGCUACACCACGCUGCUGUUCCGGGAGGGGGACUUCUGCUGCUCCUACUUCCUGUGGUUCGAGAAUGAGAUGGGCUACAAACUGCAGAUCAUCGAGGUGCCUGUACUUUCCGAUAACUCGGUUCCUAUCAGCGUGUUGGGUGAAGACUAUUACAGGAAACUCCUGUGCUAUUACAGCAAGAGCCACCCAGCCGAGACUGUGAGGUGCUACGAGCUGCUGGCCCUCCAUCUGUCCGUCAUUCCCACAGACGUGGUGGUGCAGCAGGCCGGGGAGCUGGCCCGGCGUCUGUGGGAGUCCUCCCGCAUCCCUCUACUCUAG